CAUUGCCGGCUAUUUCAGCGUUCUCCCUUCCCAAACUUUUCUUAUCUUUUCAAGAGAGUAUUAUCAUCAACGAUUUCAGAUUUGGUACACAGAGCACUGUAUUUUCUGCUUGUAUCUUUCCAAGUAUGGUUAAUCCAAGCACAAAUGAGUUAGAGAGAGGUAAUGAUUCCACUUAUGACAGGAUGGCUGAAGUUAAAGCAUUUGAUGAUUCAAAAGUUGGUGUAAAGGGCCUCUUAGAUUCAGGGGUAACAAAGAUCCCACGCAUGUUCUAUUCUGUUGACAAGUUGGAUCUCACUGAGACCUCAAAAAGUGACUCAAAGUUCACUGUCCCAAUCAUAGACCUUCAAGACAUACACAAAAACUCAUCUCUUCAUGUUGAAGUACUUGACAAGAUUCGAAGUGCAUGCAAGGAGUGGGGAUUUUUCCAAGUAAUCAAUCAUGGUAUUUCAGUACAUGUUUUGGAUGAGAUGAUCAAUGGAAUCCGUAGGUUUCAUGAACAAGAUGCUGAGGUAAGGAAACAAUUUUAUUCCCGGGAUUACAAAAAGAAAGUCAGAUAUUUCUGCAAUGGUAGCUUGUUCAGAGAUAAGGCUGCUGAUUGGAGGGACACAAUUGCAUUUUUUGUAAGUCCAAAUCCUCCCAAUUCAGAAGAAAUACCAGCAGUAUGCAGAGACAUUGUGAUGGAAUAUUCGAAGAAAGUAAGGAUGUUGGGAUUUACAUUGUUUGAGCUGUUGUCUGAGGCACUUGGCCUUAAUCCUUCUUACCUCAAAGAAUUUGACUGUGUUGAAGGACAAUUUCUUAUGGGUCACUACUAUCCAGCAUGCCCUGAACCUGAGUUAACUAUGGGAGCUACGAAGCACACAGAUGGUGACUUCAUGACAAUCCUUCUGCAAGACCAGAUGGGUGGUCUUCAAGUUCUUCAUGAGAAUCAAUGGGUUGAUAUUCAUCCAGUGCAUGGUUCACUUGUUGUAAACAUUGGUGAUCUUCUGCAGUUUAUAACAAAUGACAAGUUCAUCAGUGUUUAUCACCGGGUCUUAUCGAGGCAUAUAGGCCCUAGAAUUUCUGUUGCAAGCUUCUUUUUGGACACAUCAUCAGAGGCUUCAUCGAAGGUUAUUGGUCCAAUAAAGGAAUUGUUAUCUGAAGAAAACCCGCCUAUCUAUAAGGAUGUUACUAUGAAAGAUGCCAGGGCACAUUAUCUUGAAAAGGGUCUUGAUGGGAACUCGUCCUUGCAGUCUUUCAGAUUGUAAAGUUAAUAUUGAGAAUUAGAUUGGAGCACUCUUGAUUCUUUGGGAGUUGACUCCAACAUCUGGUGAAUUUUAAAUAAACAUUAGGAAGUUCUAGAGACAGAACAAGGUAAAGGCACCCUUAAAUAUUUGAACUAUACUGGAGUAAAUCUUCUAGUUUCUGUAUUAUGAUAAUAAAAUAUAGAUUAUUGAUUAUAUUAUUCUCAUAAUACAUAAGAAUUUAUUUUAUGUAAUCCUAUCAUGAAAGAGUGGUUGGAGCAACCUCCAACUUCAACCUUUUGUGAUAUUGCUGGG